AUGUCUGGCCUUCCAGAAGGCUGGGAAGCCGACUACGAUGGCCGUCGCUGGUUUUACAAGUACAAACCCACGGGACACAUCCAGUACCACUUCCCCAAGGAAGGCGAUGAGUUUCCGGACUUUAUAGAUAGUUUUUCGCCUGCGCCCGAUCUUGCGCCCGAAGAACGGCUCGAGUCGCAACAACAGGUUCGCCGGUAUGGGAGCACUACCGCGGCGCCUGCUAGGCUGAGCCCGAAGAAAGACGAUGGAGGAUAUGGCAUGUCGGCUACGGCGCGGCCGGUGAGCAUGACCUGGGAUGGAGGGCUUGAAGAGGAGAGCACGGUGUUUCAGCCGGAAAGCUUUAUGUAUCUCGGGCCUGGCACGUAUACUGAUGUGAGUCCGCUGGCGGAAGAGGAAGAGGAGGCUGCGCGGAGAGUUGUUGCGGGCGGAAUUGAAGGGAGAGUCGACAAAAAUUCUUCAAAGGGUGUGAGUCCGUUGAAUAGCGAAAGGACGACGCCGGCUCAAAGUACUGCCAACGCAGGCCCUAUCGCAGGAGAGCCAGUAUUGGUACCACCUACAGUCGUCGAAGAAAUUCACGAGAUGCCGAGCCACGAGCCUUCGCCGCCACCCGAUCCUGUAGGCAUCAUUGCUGAGAUGCCGACAGACGAUACAGCUCAAGCACAUAUUGAAAAACACCCUCCACCGAUCGAGAUGGCAGAUAAUACGGUUCUAGCGCCUAUAGAAACUGCAAUCCCCAUGGCUGAGUUACCGGGGCGAACAAGUCCUACAGAAAAGAAGAAAGAAGAGCCACAGCUUGCGCCGGGGUCAUUGAGGAACUACAGUAUGCCCAUGCAGCCGCUGAGGAUUGAUAAAAGGCCGAUUGUGGAGGCGCCCCCCAUGAUUCAACCAUACAAGCCAGGAGAAAUUCGUGUAGAGAUACCACCAAAUCCAGCGCCUUUGCGACGAUCGACUUUUCAACCUGGGGAUCCAAUGGGUAAUGCGAGUCCAAUUCGGCCACCUGAUAGAGGCCACGCUGGUACGCCCAACGUGCUUUCGCCGCCUCAGGUGCCGCCUAAGCGCCCUCUGGAUGAGCCAUCUCAACCCCAAAUACCGUCGAAGCAAGCUUUUGAUCAAUCUUCUCGAGCGAAUUUACCACUGGGCGUGUCCAAUAAUGCGCCUUAUGUCCCAGGGCAGGAGCCUGAAUUAUCACACAUGCCUUCUGUGUUGAAGCCUGCACGUGGGAAAGGUCCUGGGCAGCCUGUGCCUGGUCCUACGAGAGCACCACAGGGCCAUGUUUACGUACCACCUACACAAGGAAAACAUCCACCAUCUAUGACUCCAGCGCCUAUGGCUCAGCAGCAGCGCCUUGAGGAACCGCGAAUGGGUAUUCAGAGGAUCAACACUGUGCCUGAUGCAUUGCCUUCUCAGAGACCACAAUCCGUGAUUCAGAAUGGGCAUCAAGGACUGCCACCUAGUACAGCAAAUCAGCCCCAUAUUCCAAAACGACCUGCUAGUGUGAUGCCUGACAUGAUGGGAACGCAAACACAGGCCCAGUACCAGAGUCCAGUCGACAGCGUUCCACCGAGAGGUCUGCCCCGAUCUGCGACAGCAGGACCCGGAACUCAGUUUCCUCCAUAUCCAGUCGGCAAUCUGCCUUAUCCUGACGAUCGACCAGCACUUCGCAGAGAGGAUCCUCCAUAUCCUGAAGAGCCAUUUGUGCAGAAACCUUUCAUACCAGAUCGAGGCCCUAUUAACCCGUCGCCUCCGCCCCCCAAUAAUCGACGACACUCAUCGUACAGCUCUGCCAUCGUCUCGCCGGACUCACGGCACGGGAGCAUGUCGUUUCCAACUCAAACACCUUCUCCGAUGGAACACAGUCGCCGCGCAUCUACCACUUCGAGUUCUAUGCCCAACUACACGCCUUCGCCAGUAUCAAAUACGCCAUCUACGCAGAGCUUCUCGCCAACACCCCCUUCUACCACAGCAAACCAGUAUCCGCAGGGGUCUUACUUCAGUGUGCAAGAUGCUGAGAGCCAAGGUUAUAAUACUGCUGCUCGAGAUAUGCUGCGUAAACAGUCUUUAAGCCGUGGUGUAGACCCAAGACGCAACUCCGCUGGGACAGAUCCUGCCAGUACCCAGCGCGGAUCGCCUCUGGCUCAGACAGUGCAAGGUUACAACGCGGUGCCUCAGGGGCUACCUCAUACUCAAUCUCUACCACAGGUAUCUCGGAUUAAUACUGCGCAACAGAACCAGCGCCCCGUUGAUCCUACGCCGCCUCCGCAAGGUCAGCAAAGUCUCGGGCGCAUCGAAGAGUAUGAAGAAGUUCCAAUCGGAACUAUUAGUCGAUCAUCGACAGCAAGUAUAACGGCCGAAUCAAGGAAAGAGUCAUUUUCCUCGUCGGCACAGCCAAGUCCGAUGGGAAGUCGAAGAGCUAGCUGGCAAGCAGAGGGUCCCAGGAAUGUCCCACCUGGUCAGUUUCAAGAGCAACAAGUUCAAAUACCCCAGGGUCAUAUGGGACAGCCCAUGCCUCAAGGGCAAAUUCCUCAAGCUGCUCCCAUGCCACCUCAGCAUCCAAAACAACUACAAAGGAAGCUUUCUCAGGGGAGUGCACAUCAGCCUCAGGGUCAACAGAUGCCUAUGCAUGAUCCGAGAGUGCCUCAAGGGAUGCCACAACAUCAAGGUAUGGUACCACAGGGGCAACUUGUUCAGGGCCAAAUGCUUCCACCACAAGCUCAGGGCAGAACACCCCAGCCUGUGCAGAUAAACACUCAGGUUCAAAAUGCACCUCAGGAACCUUCACCAUCUGUAUUGCCUCCCAAACCUGUACCAAUGAGGCUACAAAAGCGAUCUUCCUACGGUCCACCAAGCCCGGCAGGACAGACAGCUCCUCCUCCAAAUCAGCUUUCCCAGGGACCUAUGCCUCCUAGCUUGAAGGGACAGAACCAAAUGCCACAACAAGGUCAUAUGGCAGGCCAAAUGCCUCCACAAGGGCAGCCAAACGUUCUCCAAAAGAUCCAUCCCGGUCGAGUACAGCCUCACGUUCAAAUUCCUCAAGAGCAAGGAAGCUGGCAGCCCAGCCCAUAUCCUGUGAUGCCUCAAAAUUCCCGACCAGUGUCGAUGCAGCCUCAGUCAUCGCAGAGUGCUGGUUCAAAGGAAGGCAAGGAGGGGAAGAAAUGGUUGAAGUGGCUAAAAGGUGGUUCCAAAUCUGUUUCGCACAGUCCGACAACGCCAGUCAUUUCUUCGCCCAUAUCGCCAGUUGUUGGACGCCCAGGCUGGGGUGGAGGUGAAUAUUCACAGCAGGCUGUAUGGCAACCUGGGCAACCUGUUCCUACUGGACCACAGCCAGGUCUUCAGGGGAACAUGCCGCCGCCUCAGCCGAUGCAAAUGCAAAUGCAGACGCAGACGCAGAUGCAGAUGCCUCCUCAGCCUAUGCAAAUGGCUCCUCAGCAAGCACCAGUGCAUCCCCGACCUCUUCAAAGACAAUCUCAUUCUUUUCAGACGGUUCAUGAGUCAAAUCAGAUGGGCUUUCAACCUGGUCAGCCUAGCCAAAUGUCUAUUCAGCCUAGGCAGAUGCCUUCUCAAGCAGGACAGCUACCGACUCAAAAGAGGUACUCGCCUCCCCAGCAGGUCCAGCCCCCAGUUCGACAAGAACAAAUGGCUCCUCCCCAGAAUCAAAUUCCUUCCCAGCCAGGACAGCUAUCUUUUCAGAAUAGACUGUCACUUCAGCAGGCGCCAAUGCCGACGCAUUUUAACGAUAUGGCUCCAAAACCCAGCCAGGCUCCGCCACCGGGCCCAGCACCACUGCAUCCUCAGCAUGAACCUCAAGCAUAUACUGUAGCAGCACAGCCUGCAGCAGGGCGCCCAGUGGAGAAGCCGGCAGCUUUGCCAGCAGAUUUCUCACGGCCUGUGUUGGAGGCGCCCGUAAGGAGCCAGCCUAAUAACGCUCCUCAUCAACAAGUAGCACCACCCCGUCAACCUUCUCCAAUUGAAGUACGACCUUUGGAACAAGCUCCUGUGCCUCAGUUCAAAGCACCUGAACCAACUCAAUCGCCCCAAACCUCUGCAUCCAAUUAUCUCCAACCCGAUCAGGCUGUUAAUGAAAGUCUGUCGCCACAUGCACCGGCAGCGAGUCCAGGCCAUUCUGAUACAGCCACCUCUCCUUUGAGUCGCAUGUCUUCUCAGAAAAGCUAUUUCUCAGACGCUGGUUCGAUAACGACAAUUGAGGUGGCACAAGCUCAACCACAGUCUGUAUUGAAGCCUUCAAUCGUCCAAGUGAAACGAAAAUCGACAGACAUGUGGCGCCAGUCUCAAGAGAUUCAGCAAAACAGUGGUCCCCAGUCGAGCUCGGAUGUCACUCCAAGAAUCUCUGCAGAAACGCCUCGUGUUGAUACAGAGCCAGCUUUGCCACCCUCGAGGCUUCAGCAUCAGCAAACCGCUGCACGACCUGAGCCUGAAUCUCAAAUGGAUGCUCCCAAGUACAACAACAACGCGGCACCCUUGUUCUCUAAUUCCAGUGCUCCAAAGAUUGCUCAACAUGAUACUCGGGAAGAACAUAUGUACAAGGAGCCAUUAGCGCCGUCAAAGCCUGAACAACCCUCGCCUGCUUACACUAAUAGUAUCGUUCCAAACGAACAGAACGAUCGUGUUGUCGAAGUUAAAACCAACGAAGUGCAACCAGCUCCUGUCAAACCGGCUCCUGUGGUAGAAGAUAAAUGGGCAAAGAAGCCGGUGGUAGAUUAUUCAGGUGGGGAUUGGGGAGAUGAUGAUGAUUGGGACUAUUGA